CCUCUUCACUUCACCUCCACCGGCACAUCUCUACUACGUUUUACUACUCUCACGUUUCAAUCACCUAACAAAUGGCUCUCAAGGAUAAAGUGAAGGAAGGAGUUAAGGCCAAAGAGCCGCAUUUCCGGGGAGUGAGGAAGAGGCCAUGGGGUCGCUACGCCGCCGAGAUUAGGGAUCCCACCAAGAAGAGCCGUGUCUGGCUGGGAACCUUCGACACGGCGGAGGAGGCCGCCAAAGCCUAUGACGCCGCCGCCCGGGACUUCCGGGGCUCCAAGGCCAAAACCAACUUCCCUCUCCCCAACGAAGUCCUCCCCAUCCCCAACACCGACAACCUCACCCGCAGCCCCAGCCCCAGCAGCACCGUCGAGUCCUCCAGCCCCCACGCGCCUCUCGAGCUCGACCUCACGCGCCGCCUAGGAAGCAGCGACGGUGGCUUUCCGUUCCAUUACCAGCCCCACGUUGUGAAUUCCGCUGCGGUGGCAGGCGUUUGGCCUCACGCGCGGCCAGUUUUGUUUUUGGAUGCUUUUGUCGGGGCGGAGGGGUUCCGAGUCAACCCGGUUACAGUCGCGUACGAUGGCGGGUUUGGGAGCCCGGUUCAGAGCGAGUCGGACUCGUCUUCUGUGGUGGACUCGGUCCAGCAUGAGAGCAGUGGGGCAACGAAGGUUCUGGGUCUGGAUCUUAACUUCCCUCCACCCCUGGAGGCUUGAUUUUACCUGGAGUCUCCAAGUUUCUAACCGCUAGCGGCUAAGCUUAUAUUAAUAUUUUUUAUUUUUCAAAUUCUAGGACAAAUAUGAGAAUGUUUGAUGGUCUAAACUACAAAUAAGUGAUGGACCUUUUUUGCAACUAUGAGAAAUAAUUGUGAUUUCUCAAAGUUGUUCCUCUUGUAACUUCUCACAGAUGUGUUUUUUCAAUGAUCAUAAUUAAUUUAAUCAUAUUAUUUUCCAA